AUGGCGCGCGGAAUCAUCAAGCACUUGAAGCGCAUGUAUGCGCCCAAGCACUGGAUGCUUGACAAGCUCAGGGGACGCUGGGCGCCCAAGCCGAACGCUGGACCCCACAAGCUGCGCGAGUGCCUGCCCUUGAUCGUCAUGCUCCGUCAGAGGUUGAAGUAUGCCCUCACCUACCGUGAGGUGAAGAUGAUUGUCAUGCAGCGCCUCAUCAAGGUGGACGGCAAGGUGCGAAGCGACAUGUUCUACCCUGCGGGCUUCAUGGAUGUGGUGUCCAUUGAGAAAACCAAGGAGAAUUUCCGCUUGCUGUACAACACCAAGGGCAGGUUUGUGCUGCACAAGGUCGCCAAAGAGGAGGCCGGCUACAAGCUGUGCCGCGUGAAGCGUGUGACCCGUGGCCCCAAGGGCGUGCCGUAUGCGGUGACCCACGAUGGCCGCACCGUGCGCUACCCGGAUCCGGACAUCAAGGCCCACGACAGCAUCCGACUCGACCUCGAGACUGGAAAGAUCAUGGACCACGUGAAGUUUGAGACCGGAAAUAUGGUGAUGAUUAGCGGUGGAAACAACAUUGGCCGUGUGGGAGUCAUCACCCACGAGGAAAAGCAUCCAGGUUCCUUCGAAAUGGUCCACAUCAAGGACUCCAUGGGCCACACCUUCAACACCCGACUGGAGAACGUCUUCGUCAUUGGCCAGGCGAACAAGCCCUGGAUCUCCUUGCCCAAGGGCUUGGGCGUGAAGCUCAGCAUCAUCGAGGCAACGGAGUUCCCAAAAGGGCUGCCAAGGUCCAUUCCGGCCAUUCCGCGCAAUGUCAAGAAACAGAUUGUGCAGCACACUGCCGCUAUCACUAAGUACUCGCGCAAGCAGCAGUGGUCAAAGGCCUUGUGGCGCUUCCAAGAGGUUCGUCGACAGUUCCCUGCCGCCGUGGACGACGUCUUGCGGGGAGCUGCCAUCCAUGCAGCUGCGCUGGGGGCGAAAUGGCAAGAGGCGCUCGACCUCCACGGUGGAAACGCCAGCGUUUCCAGCGCCUCGCACGGGGCCCUGCUGCUGGCGCUGGCGCGGGCCAAGCGCUGGCAGAUGGCGCUGCAGAUGCUGGGCGAGGCCAACGACAUCGUUUCGUUCAACACGGUGCUGCACGGCUGCGCCUUAAGUGCUGCCUGGCCCU